UCAUUCCCCCAUCCCUUGCACAGUACAUACACUGAUUGAGGGGAAGGUGUCAGCUGCUUCUUACUGGCAGUAUGGAGUUCCAUGCUUCGCCAGUGCAGCUUUGUCAAAGACUGCGAAGCUGGCUGAACAUUCAACAUAAUUAUAUGAACUCGCCUGAUAUGUGAUUAAAGAAAUAGUUUACAAAUAUUAUUAAGUUAUUGUUUAUCUAUGAUAAAAAAACAAAAAAAUGAGAUCUCUUUAAAUCGCGAAAGUUACACUGAGGGCGAAUCUGCGUCAUUGCUCAGUUCUGAGACUCCAGUUUGUAAUUGGUGCCGAUCGCAUUCUGCAAGAAUGCAGCGAGUGGAAGGCCUUGCUUUAGGCAGAGAUCAGUUUGCGUGAAAUAGGCUUGACAAAGAAUGCAUUUCGGAUCUCCAGGACUCCAAACGAUUAUUUGUGCCGCUGAAGAUGACAAGCCAGCGCAUAUGAAACUCGCAGCCUCUUCUUUGCCGUGCUAAGUGUGUGAAGAUGGGCAAGUUGAAAUGUUUCGAAGUUAUUUUAUCCGACAAUAAGUCGGUUUUUCAUCCAGGCGAACGAGUACUGGGACAGGUGAUCGUAGAACUGAAAGGAGAUAUGAAGAUGCGGUCUUUGAGAAUCUUCAUGCGUGGGGUAGCGAAAGUUCACUGGACCGAAUCGCGAAGCACGGGGAGUCGACUUGGCUCUUACACAGAACACUACAAUGCCGAGGUGGAAUAUUUCUUUAAACGCCAAGUUCUGUUUGGCGGAGAAAUAUCUGAUGGCCGGGACACACUUACAGAAGGUCGGCAUGAAUUCAAUUUUUCAUUUGAGUUACCUCUGGCAGGCAUCUCAACAUCUUUUGAAGGCAAGCAUGGCAACAUCAGGUACUGGCUGAAGGCAGAGAUGGACAAGCCGUGGUCUUUCAAUCAUAAAACUAAGAAAGCCUUCACAGUAAUCAGUCCCAUAGACAUCAACAGACCAGAAUAUCAGACCCAAGUGGAGAAUAGUGUUGAAAAGACAUUGUGCUGUUGGCUUUGCACAUCUGGGCCUAUCUCCAUCACCUCUUUCACUGAUCGCCGUGGUUAUUGUCCUGGAGAGUCAAUUGCAAUAUCGGCUGAGUUUGACAACCAUUCAUCCCGCACCGUAAUUCCCUAUGCCACUUUAUACCAAACACAGGCAUUCUUUGCCAGUGGCAAGUCACGCAUUCGACGAACAAAGCUCACAGUCCUUACUGGUCUUCCCAUUGCACCUGGUACUCGGGGCAGUUGGGAUUCUCAGUUGUUAAAAAUUCCUGCUGUCUCACCUUCCAUUGUCAACUGCUGUGUCAUGAAGGUCGACUAUUACGUAAAGGUGGCGCUGCAUAUCCCAGGAGCAUAUAACUUAUCACUUCAUCUGCCAGUUAUAAUUGGAACUGUUCCAUACAGGCGAGCUCAUCCAUACAGUUUUACACAGUCUCAUUUUUACCGGGAGACCCAUGCGCAGUUUGUUGAUAUGUCCUUUCUUCCUCUUCCACCCCCAUACCGCGAGACCCUCACUCCCCCACCACCGUUUGAAGAUCCACCCACAUAUGUUGAAAGUGUUGGAGGUGCUGUUAAUCUUAAUGAUGAUGAAGAUGAUGACGAUGAGCCAGGCUCCAACAUGGGUGAUUUGACUUACACUCCAAUGUACACAUAUGUCUACAACUACCGGCCGCCGCCAUUACCGCACUCCACACACAACUCAGAAAUGGGUCUGCCCCUUUCUACUCACGAGUGACAAAGUGCAAGUUGCUCAACAUCUAUCCCUGGCUCUCAGUUGAUGGCAGCUGAUACAGAAUCUACCAGGUGUCAUUGGUAGAUUGUCUUGUUGGACGGCCAAUGACUGCUUCAGGAAGCAGUUGCUGCAGGAUUGUUCACAUGUAAAUCCUUAGCAGUUGGCUGAGAUAUUUGCUGCAGAGCUGGUCUCAUGGCAGCCCACUACUGUAUUUUUUGCAAGGCACCAUAACGGUUUUUUUUAUUAUUAUUCUUUAUUGUAUAACAUUUUGGCCUUUUUUCUAGGAACUUAAAAGUUUAGGAAAUGCUAUUUUGUUGUUUUUUUUUAAUUCAAAUUUUGUUAAGCUUAAUGCUCAAAAGAUUUAGAAUAUAAAAUAUAUUUAUAUUUUUAUUUCAUGGAUAGCUGUCCUACUGCAGAGUUUUGAACAAAGCAACAACUUAAUAACCAACAUACAACCAUUGAAAACAAGACAUAUCUGUCAUAAUAAAAUACAAUUAUAUUUUAGUGUCUGCAGCAAUCGGAGAAAUUAUAUUUCUCCUGGCUGAAGUUUUAUGACUUAUUUUGUUUUGUGUGGUAGUUUUUUAAUAUUUGUUGGCUUUUUAUAAUAUUCUGUAGAAUAUUUUAACCCCUUGCUUACUGCUGUCAUAUACUGUCAUGAUACUGGACAAUAGAGGGCAACUGGUUGAACUUUAGGCACUAUGGCAGUAAGAAUACUUACUUAUACUGCAGUUUGAUAAUUUUACAAUGUAUGUGCAAUAAAGUUGUUAAUAUGACAAGAUAUGUAAGAAUGACUUUGAGAGUGUGCUAGUAACCCCUCAAAAUGUGCCCAGUUCAUUAUGACACUAGAAAUGGCAUAAUGCUGACCACUGUAAUGUAAACAGGUGGUGAUCAUUACUAACACACUAGAAAUGGGGUAAUUCUGACCACUAUAGUGUAAACAGUGAUCAAACGUGGCAUGGUGGCUGCAUUGUUUCUAUCGGCCACAUUGCAUCUUACCUUCACAUCUACUUGUUUCACCUCCUUUCUUUUUUGGAGGGGGGAUAUGGAUUGACAGACUGCAAACGAUGGAAAAUAACUUUGGAACUAUUGGUGUUAUGCAUUGAGACCAGGUGUGAAAACCACCUUUUACACAGUGGUGUAAGAUUCCCCUCGUUUCCAAAACUGUUGAUCCCAGUUAAAGGAGGUUUGGUUUUUUUUUCCCCCUUUCUUUGGCGCCAUCACUUAUGUUGUCCAGGACAAUACUCAUAAAAUCCAAGUGGUAAAAGGAAGGCAGAGAGGUAAAUAGAAACUAUUUUAGGGUGCAUGCCAUCUACCCCAUUUGUUCUAAUCUUACUUUAUGAAACCUAAAGCUAGUAAGAUAAGCCAGUUUGGUUUUUUUUAUUAUUAUUUGUUUUAUAUUGGCUGAGUCCAAACAGGGAUUAUCAUACACUUGGUUUGUAUAAGGCACUUUUUAAUAUUAGAAUCUCUUUGGUGCAAACAAAAGUUGGGAUGAGUGAGUGUAUGACUGUUGGACAUGUGCUUCUCAGCACUAAUGCAAAGUGUAUAAAGUUCUUUUUAUUUAUAUUUAUACUGUGAUGUAUUUUUCUUAUAUAAUCAUUGUGGUGCUACUCUUUCUACGAUUUUGGAGCUGUAUACAAGAUGUGCACAGCAUGCAAUAUAUUAUGCAUGUGUUAUCCCUUUUGGAGUUCUCUAUUCUUAAAUGGACAUGCCCAGUUGUGUGUGUACAUCUCUGUGUGUGGACAUGAUCAACAAAAUAUAAGAAUUUUAUGCAUGUGCAUUUUAUUUUAUUUUCCUGCAGUUUUCAAACAGGCCUCUGUUUCUUCUUGGCAGACCAUAGACUUUUUGAUGGUCUUGAAGAAUUGUAUAUAAUGAUAUUACUCUGUUUGCCAUUUGUUGCCAUUUGAGAUCAAUGACACAGAAACAUGUAAUGUGAUAAUGAUAAAUGAUGCAUUUUAUAAUUAUUAUUAAAAGUCACAUUCAGCUGGUAGUGAUGCAUCAUGUUGACUGCUGUCUUUAUUUGUUAAUUCUAUAAUUGGUGAUUGGUAGUUUUCUUUUAAUCUUGAAAGUACAUGCACACGUGUUCAAUUUUUUUUUUCUUCAGAUUUUGUAUUCUGCUGGUAUAUAUUUUUGUACUUUUUGUAAAUUAUUGGAAAUGUCACAGACUAUGUCAGUGGAGACACAUCUAUUAAUGUCACAUGCAGAUGAUUUCAUAAAAUUUGCUAAUAAAUUUAGAAACUGUCAUAACUGUGACACAUAACUGUGCACAUGCAUAUUAAAAAUGCACAAUAUUUGGUUAGAAACUUUUUAAAAAAAAUUCCAGUCAUGCGCUCAGCUAGUGGAAACAAAGUAUCCAGAAUGUAGAUGGUUGCAUGGAUAUCCAGAAGCUAUUGAAAGCUAGAAGCUUGAAGCCUCUUGGAGGAAUCCUGCAUAAAGAUGGUGAAUUGUAGAGGUUUGUUUUAGAAUCCCUGUGCAAUGCCAGCUUAGAAAGUUGUUGAAAAAUACCAUCAUACAGCUAACAGACCACACAAAUUCUCAUAUUCUGAAAAUCAAGUGUAUUUCUAAUGCCAAAAGGAACGUAAAACUGAGAGAAAAUAUAUGGGGAAGUAACGGAGGCAUAACUGAUAAUGAAGAAUAGAUCUUUGAAUCUAAUUCACAUUGGUGCCACCUUCAAGCUCCCAUCUUGGCAGUUAUAGUACUAUGACUCAUGCAUGAAACAGUGCAUACACAGUGUGCAUAUAUUACUCAUGCAGUUAGUUAAGAACACUUGAAAAUGACUUCCAAGAAUCCACUUAAUACUUGAGAUGCUGUAAAAACAGAUAUUUUAUCUGCUUUAAUGUAAACAGCUAGUGAUCAACUCAGUAACCACAAUUUUAUCAUCAUGUUAUAAUCAGUGCAUCGAAUUGUCAAGUAAUCAUAGCACUGUGUGUGUGACUAAAUUAUUUAAGUUCUUAUUUUUAUUUUUAGGUGUGUGUUCAGGUCAUGAAGACAAGAAGGGUGGAAUCAUUUGAUGACAGCAGAUGAUGAUGAUACUCAUUACCUGGCUUCAGAGUAAAAUUUUCUUUUGUAAAAGUGAUCAGCUACUUCCCAUAUCUUACUGUUCCCUCCUGUUUACUUCACUGAGGCAUUACUAGGGCAGGAGUUCUGCUUUCUUCAGCUUAACAGUGAGAGUUGAACAGGGAUCGUGUUUAGAUUUUUGUGAAUCCCUCUGGUGGCACAAGCACUCUCUUAACUACAGCAAAAGUAUUAGACCCUGAAAAAGUCAUGAUUCAAGUAUUAACACUUUUAACACUGGGUAUCAUGACUUAAUAGUCAUGAAUCAAAUACUAACACUAAAAAAAAAAACUCAGGUGUUGCCUAUGGUGCACAUGCCAAAGCUCACUUCCGGCUGUAGCUGUAGCACUUCUUUGAAGAAGUUACAUAGGGUUCAGCGUUAACAACUCUCUGUAACUUAACAGCACAUUGACAUUUAUAACAGCUUGAUAAGAAGAGACAAAAAAAGCCUAACAGAACCUGAUCAAACAGCAUUUUCUGUGAAAUGGCUGUGAAAAAAAUAUGUUAUACUGUGGGGUUAGAUGCUCCAGACAAGGGUGCCAAAGUAAAGUCUGGGUAAAAUUAGAUAUUACAAUCAAACUUGACCAAAAAGGGACAAUGAAAUAUUGACAAUUACUGGCAUUACACCCAUACACAAGUGCUGAAGACUUAGAUCUCUAAAAUUAGUGACUGAUCCAGUUCAAAGAAUAGAUGUUUAGACACAUUUUUUGUGCGUGCGUUUUGAGUAAGUGAGUGAUUAGUCAUUUGAUUAUUGUCAUGUGUGUGCUUCAGCCAUGUGUGUCAUUGUUUACGGAUGUUGGCAUGGUCAUAAUCCAAUCCAGCAUUGUUUACAGUGGUCAUAUAUAUCUUUUGACUCGGUUAACUACCAUCAUUUUAAACUUUUUAAUGCAUGCACCUCAACCUUCUGCACAUCUGUUACCUGAACUGACAAUGUCUUUGUCACAAUCCUCAUUAGGUAGGAGAUACACACAUGCUACAGGUAGUGGGAAGAAAGUAAAAAUGAACUGUUUAUUUCUUUAAACAUUUGAAAGAGACACUACAGCAUCAGAUUUUUAUUUGGGUUGGGGAUGAGGAGGUGUGGGUAAAGAUGUCUGUACACUUCAUGGAUUUAGAGCCACGUCUUCAUGUUAAUAAUCAUCACUAGCGUUUCCUUACUUCACUCUUGAGUUGCCAACGUGCCUUGACAAAGCUGAUGUCAAGUUCAGGUUCCCUUUUUCAGUGGGAAGAUGUGGUGCCAGAGUUUACAAAAAUCUUUUCUUCUGAUUUCUACAUUUUAUAAAGAUGUUGUAACAGUUUCUUUUUUUAUGAUUUGGCAUAAGGCAAUGCCAGUCCACCAGUCUAACCUUACAGUUUUCUCAUUCACACUUCAACUAACCGCCUCUACUCUUUAAGGACUGAAACCCUUAUUGACACCAAGGAGUGCAUAAUUGCUUAUGCUGUGAUCAAAGGUUAUGUUUCCAGGUACAAGAAUGAUUAUAUAAUAAUUGUAUUUGAUUUGAAUUAAGGCACAUCUAAUAAUUUUUAACUACACAAAGUUUGAAAGGAAAAUGAUGGAUAUUAUUACUACUAUUCUUCUAGCUCAAUUGCAAGCCUAGAUUCUGAACAGCCAUUAAUCUACUUAUGCUAAUGCACACACAUACACAGUCACAGAUUUGUGUAAUCAGUACACAACACAUUUUCUUGUAACAAUUUUUGUCUGUUGUCUGUUUUACCCAUGUCACGUCUUGUAAUUUAUUUUUCUUAUGGUCUUGCCGUCUUCAUGUACAAAUUGUAUGGCUGGACAAAAAUAACAUUUCCAGUAAGAUCAGCUUAUUCUGUGUACUCUGGCGCCUCCAGGAUAUGACAAUGCAUGUUUACAUAAAAUAUUUUUAAUGAAAGUGAUUGUUGUAACACACUAAUGGUCAAAAUAUUAAAUUGUAUGCAUAAUUGUA